AUGAAUUUUCUAAAACAAUUUUUUGAAUUCACUCGUCCCGGAAACAAUAAUAUUUCUGGUCAAUGUAAACUUUGUGGAAAACUCUAUGCGGACAAAUUGAAGUCAACGGGAAAUUUUCAUAAACAUCUUAAACGUAAACAUACCAAACAAUAUGAAGAGUCAAAAUUUUCGGAUUCUAUUCCACCUAAAACUGACACGAAUGAUUAUUCAGAAAAUUUAACAAGUAACGUCAUCAAAAUCAAUCAAGUUAUGUUAGAAGAAUUAAUUGUGAAGUCUCCGAAGUGGAAACCUGCCUCUGCGCGACACUUUACAAAAACAUUAUUGCCAUCAUUGUUGAAUGAUGUUCAAGAUAAAAUAAAAAACUUGCUUGAUAAUGUCGAUCAUCUAUGCAUAACGGUCGAUGUUUGGACCGACAGAAGAGGAAGAUCUUUUGUUGGUGUUACUGGACACUUUCUUGAUUUAGAAUAUGUUCCACAAGCUCUUCUUCUUGAUUUUUUACGUUUGAAGGGACCACAUACUGGAGAAAAUAUUCAAAAUAUCACCAUACAAAUUCUCGACAAUAUGAAGAUAAAAGGAAAAGUGUACCGAAUUAUAACUGACAAUGCCUCUUCGAUGAUAAAAGCAUACAAGUUUGGUUUGAGUGUUACCGAUGUUGAUUAUACAAUUCAAGAUGACAACAAACAACAACAAGAUGAUGAUUAUGAUGGUCUGAGUGAAUGGUUAUUAGUGGACUGGUGUGAAAAUAACAACGAUUUGUUUGACAAAGGAGAUGAUCCUGCAAAACGAUUAUCCUGUUUUGCACACAGUCUUCAAUUGACUAUUAGAGAUGGAUUAAAAUACACACCUUAUUUAUCUAAGUCAUUAUCAAAAUGCAUCAAGUUAGCUCGACGAUCUCACAAAUCAACUAAAGUAGCUGAUAUUUUAGAUGAUAUUGGAAAAACAAUAAAUAAGUCUAAUAUGACACGCUGGAGUUCUGAAUAUCUUCUUAUUAAAUCUAUUAUCGGAUUAGGGAGAAAAUCAAUUGACGAAAUUACUGAUGUUAUCGAUGAUAAUGGAGUGAAAUUUAGCAACGAUGAUUUUGUUAUACUGCAAGAGGCAGUUCAAAUAUUAGAACCAUUUGCUGAAAUAACUUCUCGAAUCCAAUCCGAAUCAGUUGUUACUGCUAGUCUUGUAGUUCCAUCGGUGGUACAUAUUAUUGAUCAUUUGAAGAAUAUCAAGCCAAAUAUUUCAUUUCUGAAAAAAAUGUGUUUACAACUUGAACAGGCCACCAAUGAACGAUUCUCUGGUAUUGUUAAACGUUUAUCUCAGCAAAUUGUUUAUAAAGAUGAUCCUUUUUCGGAUCCAAUUUAUUUCGUUUGUACUGUAUUAGAUCCUGAAUUUAAAUUAUUUUGGCUUAUUCAAAUGAAUUAUACGCCAAUAUUAGAAUCACAAAUGAAACAACAUUUAAUUCAGAUGAUAUUGAAUGAAUGUGAAAAGAGCAUUGAUAUAUCAUUUGAUAAUUUAGAAUCGUCAUUAUCUUCUUCAACAUUGAUAACAAAUAGUCACACGACACAAUCUGUUGAUGCCUCCAUACUUAAAAAGCGGAAACUCUUUCAAUAUGAUGAGCGUUUUAAUUCAUCAUUUGGUUCAACAAUAACUCCCAUAAAUGAAAUCAAUGUAUAUAUCAAUGAUCCAAUACGAUCGAGAUUUUCAUUAUACUGGGAAAAUUCGGAUUUAUGUGGUUUAAAAGGUAUAGUUAAACGUGCAUUCUCAGUACAAGCAACAUCGGCACCUAUUGAACGCGUCUUCAGUCAAGCAGGUAUUAUUAUGUCACCACGACGAACAUCUAUGAGUGAAGAAGUAUUUAAAAGUUUGGUAUUCUUACGUGUGAACCAGAACAUGAUUUAA